CAUCUGUGUGAGUGCCCUCAGGCUCUGAAGACAUUGGAACACCGACACCUUCACACUCUCUUCAGUUACACUGUUGAUGGUUAGGUUUUACUUAAAAUACGCUCCCAGUGAAGUGACGUGGUUUAGUCUUCGCCCUGCUUUUGAUCCCAAUUCAAUGGAAAAUAACACAUGGAACGUAGCAAAAUUGAACGUCUUACAAGACAGCGAUGGCUUUUUCUGUAGAAUUUGAAAAUGGAGGCCACAGGGACAGAUGAAGUAGAAAAGAUAAAAUCAAAGUUUAUGUCUGCAUGGCACAACAUGAAAUACAGUUGGGUGUUGAAAACAAAAACUUACUUCAGUAGAAACUCUCCAGUCUUUCUGCUGGGAAAAUGUUACCACUUCAAAACUGAUGAAUCUGGUGAACUCUCUACGGAUGGGUCCAAUUUUGAUAAAAUCAAUGCAGAGAUUUCAGGAAAUGUCGAGGAAUUUCGUAAAGAUUUUAUUUCUAGAAUAUGGCUGACUUACAGAGAGGAAUUUCCUCAGAUAAAGGGGUCCGCAUUAACCACAGACUGUGGUUGGGGUUGCACGCUGAGAACUGGUCAAAUGCUGCUGGCUCAAGGUCUUAUGCUUCAUUUUCUUGGUAGAGCCUGGGUCUGGCCAGAGGCGUUGGACAUUGACAAUUCCGAUUCUGAAUCGUGGACAGCCCAUACAGUGAAAAAGCUAACAGCAUCAUUCGAAGCAUCACUUACAGCAGAAAGAGAACCCAAGAUCCUGUCAAAUCAUCAUCAGGGAACAUUAAAGAGAAACUGUGAUGACAAUGAAAUGAGAAAUGAAGUUUAUCAUAGAAAAAUAAUUUCUUGGUUUGGCGACUCUCCGCUGGCAGCUUUUGGCUUACAUCAGCUAAUAGAAUAUGGAAAGAAGUCUGGAAAAAUUGCUGGAGAUUGGUAUGGGCCUGCAGUUGUUGCACACAUUUUAAGAAAAGCUGUUGAAGAAGCAAGAGACCCUGAGCUACAAGGAGUAACAGUCUAUGUUGCUCAGGAUUGUACAGUCUACAGUUCAGAUGUUAUUGACAGACAGUGUUCUCUUAUGGAUUCUGGAAAAGCAGACACAAAAGCUGUAAUUAUAUUAGUUCCUGUGAGACUCGGUGGAGAGAGAACAAACAUGGACUACUUAGAGUUUGUAAAGGGAAUUUUAAGCCUUGAGUAUUGUGUUGGUAUUAUUGGUGGCAAACCCAAGCAGUCAUAUUACUUUGCUGGAUUUCAAGAUGACAGUUUGAUUUACAUGGAUCCUCAUUACUGCCAAUCUUUUGUAGAUGUCAGCAUAAAGGAUUUCCCUCUUGAGUCAUUCCACUGUCCUUCUCCCAAAAAGAUGUCAUUCAAAAAAAUGGAUCCGAGCUGCACGAUAGGAUUUUACUGUAGAACCGUGCAGGACUUUGAGAAGGCUUCUGAAGAAAUAACGAAGAUGCUGAAAUCUUCAUCUAAGGAGAAAUACCCCUUGUUUACUUUUGUAAAGGGUCAUUCUAGAGACUAUGACUUUGCUUCCAGUCCACUCCAUGAAGAAAAUGACCUUUUCUCUGAGGAUGAAAAGAAAAGAUUAAAAAGAUUUAGUACAGAGGAGUUUGUCUUGCUUUAAGGACAUUUUACACAAGAUUAUUGGCAGCUGUCCAGGAGAACACUUGCCUUUUAAAAAAAUAAAAAAUAAAAAAUGUAUGUGUCCUCCUCCUCCAAAAAGGCAAGCUUGUGCUGAAAUUAGUCUAUUUUCAUAAAGAUAAUAAUGUUUUAUAUGUUAAUAGUCUUUAAAAUGCCAUUUAUAAACGUACUUCCUAAUUAUUUUUGUUCACUACUACUUGGAUGAGUUUAACGUCACGUUGUGCUAGCGAAGAGAGAAGGCGUUGUUUAGAGCCAGGUGUGCUGAAAUGUGCCUAUGUCCUGGUCUUGCCCUCUUAAAAAGCUUGGCCAGUCCCUAAAGCCUAACUUGUGACCCUAACGUCGUGUCAGUCCAGGACAAAUCCUGAGCAGAGGCUGCCAGAUAUGUGUGGGGUUUACGUCAUGGCCGCAUAUCCAUAGGUUUUGAGACCAUGUUAUUUCUGUUUGUAAGCAGAAUUUGAGUUCUCAUUCCUGUGGUAAGGGUAGAACUCUCAUCUGUCUUGCUACAUAAGCCCAAAUAAUAGUUAAUGCUGUAAUCGUGACACACAUCCUGAGCAGCACAGUGUAAGAAAGGUAAGUUUGAUAUAUCAGUAGUAAUUGUCAGUUGCAAUACUGAUAUAAUUAUAUAGGCUGAAUUGUGAGUUAAGAUACUAUUUAGCAGUAUGAUUUUAUAAUGGUUUCUCAUUAAGCUUGCUUUGGAGCCUUAAUAUGAGGAGUGAAGAUAAAGUAUUACCUUUCCCCACAAUUUUUAAAGGUUAUACUAUUAAUAUUAACUGCAACCAAUCAAAGCAGCUAAAGACAAUUAUUAGAAGAGAGCAGUGUUUGUUUCCUGUUUCAACUACUAUAAUGUUGAGGCUUCUCUCCUAUUAGUGCAGCUUUUAAAUCAAAGCAAAUGGGGGAGUGGAUGUUAAAAAUUCUGGGCUGUGAUUAUUUUUUUUUUUUUUUUUUUGGAUAUGUGUUAUUACUGUACAGAUGAUUACUUGAUGGUGUGUGUUCUCAGACUGCAAACAAAUGUACAUAAAUAGUUUUAUGUUUUAACAAAGUAAAUGCAAUAUUUAAAAUACGUAUUAACACUGCUUGGAAAAUAAAAAAGGUGUGAAAACAUUAAA